UUUCGACGGAACCGCGCGAAACGUCUGUAGUGAACGUCUGGUGAAAACAAACGUUAACUUGUGUACAUCUUCAAUUAAGACAGUAAAGUAGUUACCAUACUAGUCAGGUCAGGUUUUUUUGGUUUUUAGAAGUAAAACUACCUCUUAGCUGAACGCUGUCAGAUGAGCUUAGUGCAGCCUUUUUGCUGUCCAAGGCUGUUGCUUGCCCUUGCUAUCUAACGCCGUGCAUGCAUGCUCCCUUUGAGGCUUACUUGUAGACAUGGAAAAGAUCAGCCCAACAAGUUGCAGUCAGAGUGCUGCUACUGACCAGGGGGUGGACCGCGAGUUUGCGUCUCUGCCGGAGAAGUUACAGAAGAAGUUGAUGCCUUUUCAGCGAGAGGGAAUCAAGUUUGCCCUGUCAAGGAAAGGGAGAUGCAUGAUUGCAGAUGAGAUGGGUCUGGGCAAGACCAUCCAGGCCAUCUCUGUGGCCUACAUCUACCGGCAGCAGUGGCCUUUGCUGGUGGUGGUGCCGUCUUCGCUGCGCUACCCCUGGAUCGAGGAGCUGGAGCGCUGGGUGCCGGAGCUGCUGCCUGGAGACAUCAACCUGGUGGAGAGCAAGUCCGACACCACGGGCAUCGGCCGCAGUAAGGUGACGGUCCUGGGCUACGGGCUGCUGACCACGGACGCACGGCACCUAGUGGAGGCUCUGACCAAUCAGAAGUUCCAGGUGGUGGUGGUGGAUGAGUCGCACUACCUCAAGUCUCGGAACGCUGCGCGGAGUAAACUGCUGGUGCCCAUCAUCCAGAGCGCCAGCCGAGCCAUACUGCUGACUGGCACGCCCGCACUGGGCAGACCAGAGGAGCUCUUCAUGCAGAUUGAUGCCCUGUACCCCAGGAAGUUUGGAACCUGGUCGGAAUAUGCCAAACAGUUCUGCAAUGCACACUACAGAUACUUUGGGGCGCGUCGUCAGUGGGACUGCCGCGGCGCCUCCCACCUGGAGGAGCUGCACGGGCGGCUGGGUGAGGUCAUGAUCCGCCGCCACAAGGCCCAGGUGCUCACGCAGCUGCCCCCCAAAAUACGCCAGCGCAUCCCCUUUGACCUGCCCAAAGACGCCGCCAAGGAAGCGAGUGCUGAUCUGGAGGAGUGGGAGAGGCUGAUGCGGAGUGUGGACACUGGGGCGGCGGUGUCCGAUAACCCCUUUGUGGAGGUCAUGGGGCUCAUCACGCGCAUGUACAAGAACACAGCUGUGGCCAAGGCUGGAGCUGUGAAGGACUACAUCAAGAUGAUGUUGGAGAAUGAGAAACUCAAGUUCCUGGUGUUUGCUCACCACCUCACCAUGUUACAAGCUUGUACUGAGGCAGUCAUUGAAGCAAAGGCUGGGUACAUUCGCAUUGACGGAAGUGUUCCGUCAUCGGAGAGAAUCCAGCUCGUGCACCGAUUCCAGAAUGAACCGGAAACACGUGUGGCCAUCCUCAGCAUCCUAGCAGCGGGACAGGGCCUGACGUUCACGGCAGCCACCCACGUGGUGUUUGCGGAGCUCUACUGGAACCCGGGGCAGGUGAAGCAGGCGGAGGACCGUGCCCAUCGCAUCGGCCAGACCUGCUCCGUGCACGUGCACUACCUCAUCGCCAAGGGAACCUUCGACACCGUCAUGUGGGGCAUGCUCAACCGCAAGGAGACUGUGACGGCCAGCACAUUGAACGGGAGGAAGGAGGUGCUGCAGGCGGAGCUGGGGGACAAGGAGCAGUGGGACUUCCUGAACUUCGCUCAGGCGUGGAGCCCCAACGAGGCACUGACCACGGGCCCCGCCGACGACAAGAACCACGUCUUCUUCUCUCACUUCGAGAAGGACAAGCAGCACGACAUCCGCUCCUUCUUUUCUCCUCGCGCGGAGAGAGAGAAGAAGAGAAAGAGAGCAGGAGAGGGGGAGGAGGAGGAGGAGGAGAAGGAGGAGGAGGAGGAGGAGUCCACCCCCACUCCCACCUCCGCCUCCCCUUCACCCGGCGGGCCCCCCCCAGAUGACCCCCCCUCUACCACUACCCCCAAAGCCGACCGCGACUUUGCCCCCCAGGUGAAGAGGCUGCGUCAGGCCAGCCCAGUGGUGCGGGGCAAGGGUAAGAGAAUGUCCUGGGCGGGGGCAGGUAAGAGCAGCCCCCUGGCAGCCCUAAUGCCCCCCCGCAGGCUCUCGGAGGGGGGCUCGGGGCAGAAGCCGGGGCAGAAGUGGAGCUGCGGGGCAUGUACCUACGCCAACAGCAUUCUGUUGCCCUACUGCGAGAUGUGUGAGUCCCCACGGCCUGGACACAGCACGGUAGUUGGGAGCCCCAGCACCCCCUCCUCCACCCCUCCAUCUCCACAGCCCGCCGCUCAGGCUGCCAGUCCCAUCAUCGAGCUCUCCGACUCGGGCUCAGAGCCAGGAGACAGCCCCUCUCGCGCUGUGACCCCCACCAUGUGCAAAACCAUGGAGCAGAGAGAGGGUGGGGAAGGAGGGACACCCCAGGAAGCAUCGCAACAGGACUCCACCCCCCAGCGCAGCACAGAUGAGCACCAGGAGAGUGUGUUGGAGGAGUGUGUGGGCGAUUGUGCUGAUGGAACUCUGCCCCUGUACGAGAGCCUGAGGUUCAGUGCCAGCAGAAACACAGACAGAAUCUACCUCUACGACAAGGAUGGUGCUGCUCUUCACUGUAACUUCAUCCCUCUGGACAUCAAACUGGACAACUGGGAGGACCUGCCCCCAGAGUUCAGCCGCAGAGAGAACAGGAGACUGGUGCAGCGGUUUGUGCGUGAGUGGAGUUCUCUGACGGCCAUGAAGCAGAGGCUGGUGAGGAAGAGUGGAGAAGUCUUCCUCAGUCCCAUACUCCUGCUCGACCAACUCACCAGCAACCAGCGCAGGCUCAGCAGCACAAAGAGGGAGGCUGAUGCCACUGCUGAUGCCAGCGUCAGCCCUGGCAUAGGCACGGCUGGCGAGGCCGGGUACGUGCAGGCGGUGGACAGCUCGGGCACCCCGCUGUGCCUGUCGUGCCAGCAGCCGUGUGGCGGCGGCGAAGGUGCCGGGCGGUUCUGCGGCCGGGCGUGCGAGGAGGAUUUCCGCGUGCGCUCCAGUCAGGCGUACAUGCGGGCGCGCGUCCUGGAGACGGAACAGGGCGUGUGCCAGAUGUGCGGCCUGGACGGGCACCAGCUGUUCCAGAGGGUGCGGGACGCACCCGCGCCACAGAGGAAGCAGAUGCUGGAGAACACCUGGCUGGCACAGCUGUCGCUGAAAGAGCUGAAUGAGAUGAUCCGUAACCCUUCGGAGGGCCAGUUCUGGCAGGUGGACCACAUCAAGCCCGUCUACGGUGGUGGCGGACAGUGCUCACUCGACAACUUGCAGACGCUUUGCACUGUCUGCCACAAAGGGCGCACCACCCAGCAGGCCAGAGAGCGAAGCCACAUGAAGAGAGGCCGGGCAGCGCUGAAGGUGUCGUCAGACAUCAGCCGUUUCCUCGUCAGGAAGUAAACCUCACAACUCCUCCUCUCUCGGACACCGCUGCCACCAAGACGAGGAGCAGAGAGGAAACCUUUGCGUGUGUGUGUGUGUGUGUGUGUGUGUGUGUGGGACUGUGUGGGACUGUGAAGAUGAAGGAAAAAAACAAACUGCACCCUGAGAUCCACUUGAGAUGCACUUGAAAUCCACUUGAGAUCCACUUGAGAUCUACAUGAGAUGCACUUGAUGUUUACCUGAGAUCCACCUGAGAUCCACCUGAUGUCCAUCUGUGACCCACCUAAGAUCCACAUGAGAUGCACUUGAUGUUUACCUGAGAUCCACCUGAGAUCCACCUGAUGUCCAUCUGUGACCCACCUAAGAUCCACCUGGCUGUGACCUAUUUGAGAUCCACCUGAGAUGAACUUGAUGUUCACCUGAGAUCCACCUGGCUGUGACCCACCUUAGAUCCACCUGAGAUCCACCUUGUGACACUUACUGGCGAUGCUCCUGCUGCCCUCUCCUCCUCCUCCUCUGCUUCUGUUUCCAUUACAAAAACAAAUACACACACACUUUUUAUGAACUCCGAGCUGAAACUCGGCUUGCCUCACGCACACGCACACACACACACACACACACACACACACACACACACACAUACACACACACACACACACAUCCACUCACCAAGUUUGUGGUUUUAUUUCGCUGAGUACUUUUAUCUAUUCUAGCAUCUACUAUCUAAGACGGUACUAGCUGCUGUCUAGCUUUUAAUAUGAAUACAGUAUUAACUCUACUCAACUAUUCUAUUCGCUGGAUCAAGUGUGUGAGACGAGUGUGUGAUCCUCUGGCAGGAGGCGCUCACGGGCAGCCGAGGAUUCUGGGAGGAACGCGGGGAGCACGGGAAUCGGGGCUGUGUGAUGCGUUCGUUUCCGCGGUUACUGAGACUGUUGGCGCUGCUGCUAUUUUAACUUGGCAAACUUUGUGUGUGU